AUGGCCUGGGAUGAGUCCAGGCAAUUACUGUCGAAGAACAUGAAUCAAUUCGCGGCCAUUCGGAGCCAACGAAGCAUUCGGAUUCUCAUCGCCGCCGUCGGAGUCAUCUUUAUCUUGUCCAUUUUUUGGCUGCUUCCAUCGGCAUCGACCACUAAGGUUCUCGGAUUCGGCCAGGGCCACAAGACAGACUCCCAACCCACUGCCAAGACCAUCACCACCGACAACGCCCUCAUCACCGAUCUCUCUCACUACUUCGCCGACUACCCCAUCCAAAAACCUUUCAAAGAGAGAUAUGGCGAAUUAGGCCGCCGUAACCGAGUCCUACGCGACUGGCUAAUCCAAGCCGAUACCUCUUCCGACCCCACCAAAGCCCUCCUCCUCAACGCCGUCGAAGAAGUCGCCAUCUCACAAUACCCUUUUCUCCAAAAUCCCCAACAACCCAAAUCCCACCAUCCGCUAGGAGACCUCCGCUCCUCCUUCGACCCCAACUCAGCCGGCAUCGUCAUCCCAACCAGCGACAAAACCCUCCGCUACGCCGCCCACCUCAUCGGCUCUCUCCGCUCCGUCCUCAACUCCACCCUUCCCAUCCAAGUCGUCUACGCCGGUGACGACGAUCUCUCUCCUACGAACCGGAACCAUCUCUCCUCUCUCGCCGCCUCCGGCCCACCAAUUACCUUUCUCGACAUCCUCACCAUCUUCGACGACACCACCCUGAAACUCCAAACCGGCGGCUGGGCCAUCAAAGCGUUCGCUGCUUUAGGCUCGACCUUCGAAAAGGUCAUUCUCGCCGACGCUGACGCCGUCUUCCUCCAACCUCCCGAGGUCCUUCUUCACCAGGAAGCCUUUCUCCACAAAGGCGCCCUCCUCUUCCACGACCGACUCCUCUGGAAACAUGCCUUCGAGGGCCGUCAUGAAUGGUGGCGGGAUCAGAUCCGUCGACCUAGCGAUGAGAUGAACGCUUCGCUCGUCUGGACAGAGGAUUACGCUGAGGAAGCAGACUCGGGACUCGUCGUUCUCGAUAAAAGCAGACAUGAUACCUUGAUGGGACUAUUGCACAUCUGCUGGCAGAAUUCAUACGAAGUACGGGAGGAAACGACCUAUAAGAUUACCUACGGGGAUAAAGAGAGCUGGUGGUUCGGGCUGGAGCUAGCAGGCGCACAGUACGAGUUUUCGAAGCAUUAUGGAGGAAUCGUGGGAUGGGAGAAUGUGGAUGAGCAGGGAAGACGGGGAGUGUGCAGUUUUGUCAUUGCGCAUGUGGAUUCCAAGAAUCGGUUGCUGUGGUAUAAUGGUAGCUUGUUGAAGAAUAAGGGGCAAUCUGGUAUGGAGAAUGAGUAUCAGGUCCCGGAUAAGUGGAUGAUUGAUGCUGAGUGGGUCAAGGGUGCGAGGAAACAGGAUCAUAGUUGUAUGGUGGAGGGGGAGGUAAGAAGUCUUACGCCUGAGGAAAUGGGGGUUUUGGAGAGGUCGAUUGCUCUGGCGAAGAUGGUGGAUGCGUUGGUGCGGCCUGUUGAGGGUGAUUGA